GUUUUCAGCUUCAUUCGGCGCAACAGUUGUAACCCGAGGAGAGAGGGAGCGAGAAAGGGCAAAAGCGAUAGGAGGAAAUCCAUCCCCAGAUCCCAUCGACUCCCAAUUCAUCCUUGCGCGCCUCCAAUCCCAGACCAAAUCAUAGAUCGGUGGCCGAACCGCUUGCUCCGUUGCAGGAUCGAGCGGGCGGCGGGGGCAGCGAGGCGGGGCCGCGGGCGCGCAGACGCAGGGUUGAGGGCACGGGAGGCAGCGCCUGCCGGACGCCGUGGAUCUCCGCCUCGACGUUGGGUGGUGGGUUGAACCUUCGGCGGGCGGCGAUGGAGGCGGUGCUCUGCGGGCUUGCCUGAAGGGCGUGGGGGACGAGCUCGGGCGUUCGAUUCCGCGCGCCUUAGCCUGACCUCGGUUGCCUGAGUCACCAACGAAACAACACUCAGGUAAAUCUCUGGGAGGACUCCGGUCAGGCGAAUUCGGCUCUUGGUGACAACCAAUCAAGCCCUAGAUUCAGCUUAGACGCGGGUUGUUGAGGUCGUUGGCGCGGUGUCGAGAUGAGCUCCGAGCCCCCAGAGCUCAAGAUGAAGACGAGGAUAUUGUACUCCAGGGAUUUUCUGCUGUCGUUUGGCGAGCUGGAGCAUUGCAAGAAGCUGCCCCCUGGCUUUGAUACGGCGCUUCUUAGUGAGCUGCAGGAGCUGUCAGCAGGUGUGCUUGAGAGAAACAAGGGCUAUUACAAUACACCCCUGGGAAGGUCAGAUGGGUCGGGGGGCUAUGCUUACUCGUCUCGUGGAGGGAACUCUGGAGGGAGGUGGGACACUCGCUCAACUGGCUCAAGCGAUCGGGAUGGGGAGGUACCUGAUCGCGAGUCUCUGACACAGGCAGGGCGUGGUGGAAACCAGUACAGACGCAAUUGGCAGAACACGGAGCAUGAUGGCUUGCUGGGAAGUGGUGGUUUCCCUCGGCCAUCAGGAUAUACCGGGCAGUUGGGAUCAAAGGAUCAUGGUAAUGCAAAUCAGCUAAACAGGACAUCGGAACGCUACCAGCCACCACGUCCUUACAAGGCUGCUCCUUUUUCACGGAAAGACAUUGACUCAAUGAAUGAUGAGACAUUUGGGUCUUCUGAAUGCUCAAAUGAGGAUAGAGCAGAAGAGGAAAGGAAGCGGAGGGCGUCCUUUGAAUUGAUGAGGAAAGAGCAACACAAAGCCAUGCAAGGAAAGAAGAAUGGUCCUGAUAUCCUAAAAGAAAAUCAUAGUGAUGACAUCAUUUCACAGUUACAGACGUCUACUGAAAAGGCUGAUGUCAAAACUAAAAACGAGAAGCUAGAUGGAUCUGCAGUAUCCUCAUAUCAGGAAGAUACCACUAAACCAUCUUCAGUUCUACUAGCUCCCGCUGCCAGGCCUCUUGUCCCGCCUGGUUUUGCAAAUGCAUUUGUGGACAAAAAGCUUCAGUCACAGUCGUCCAACAUCUCACUUGAGCCAAAGGGUCGUAACACAACUACUGAGGCUAACAUGUUGACUGUUGCACGACUUGGUGGUCGGCUAGAGGGUAACCAGUUAGUAACAGAGUUCACUGCAUUUGAAAGCAAAGAGAAGGGAAUUUCUGAUAAUGUUGCUAUUAUGGGUCCAAAGCACACGCUUCCAUCUGGUGGCGUUACCUCUUCACCUGAAUUGGCUUCUAGCAUUCUGAAAGGUAACGAGGAUUGGGAAGCUGAUGUGAUGGAUAAGUAUUCUAUUGGAAAAGAAGGCAAAUCAAAGAGUAUCGAUCCAGUUAGGAAGGAUGAUUCAAUCUCAAUACUAGAACAGUUCUUUGGCAAUGCUUUAUCAAAAAGUGGCAGCAAUUUGCCGACUUAUGUUGAGAGCCAAUCAUUGAAAACUGAUGACGACAUGGUUGCUUCUACUCUACCAGAAACAUCCAAAUUUGCUCGCUGGUUCCUUGAUGAAGACUUGAAACCUGCAGAAGACUUAUCUUCAAAGAGCCUGCUCUCCAUGAUUGUCAAAAAUGAAAAACCGGGGCCAGAAAAUAUAAUCCAUGCUCCUCCUUUAUCUGAUGCUGCUGUCCAGAAUUUAUCACCAAGAGCACCUAUUGAUAAAUUUGAUGCUGCAUCAAAACUUCUCUCGUUUACAUCCUCUACACCUGCUGACGGAAUUAUGGAAUGCAACCGUUCUGAUAUUACAGAGACAGUUCCAGUUAUGAUGACGUGUGAGGAUCUUGAGCAGACAAUGUUGGCACAGGUUGAGAGCAAUAGCAGUUCAACCCAGAGAAAUGCUACAAAGGAGCAUCAGACUGUUGUGGAUGAGCCAGUUGCCAUGCAGAAAGUAGCUGUAGAUAAUCACGCAUCACAACAUCUUCUUUCAUUGUUGCAAAAGGGAACAGAUAAUAAGGGAUCAUCUUCUCUGGGUUUCCAGAUAGGAUCAGUUGAUGAACCACAGAGUGUUGAUGCAAAUUUAAUGGCCAAUGGUGCAAUAUCUGGAAGUGAUACAAAUAACAAAGUUGACAAUGCUCCUACUUCAGGGAAGAAUCUGACACUGGAAGCAUUAUUUGGGGCUGCGUUUAUGAAUGAGCUCCAUUCCAAAGAUGCACCAGUUUCCAUUCGAGGAUCUGCAACUGGUGGUCCUAAUGAGUUUGCAGAGACAGGUAAAACUUUAUUGUCAUCUAGCCACGAAAGAUACUACCCUGUAGAGCAGACCCUUUCCUUCAGUAAUGCUAAAGAUGCUGCUGUCCCUAAAGAACCAGGAAUUGCUUAUUCAGCGGUACCUGGUGGUCAAAAUCAGGGGAACACUAGCUUUGACAAGAAAGGCUUGGAAAUUCAUCUGCCUGAAGAAGAUAACUUGUUUACGGUGAACGACUCUCUGCCUGGUCAAAAUUCUGAUAUCUUGUCAUCAGUGAGAUCUAGCAGGGUGGAAGGGCUAUUACCUGAAAAAGCAGUUGACGAUCUCAGUUAUAGGCUUCAAAGUCUUGUGCCUGGUGAUGCAGAACACAUUCAAGUACUUGGUCCUGAUGCACUUGGAUCUCAUCCUCGCGACCAGCGUUUACAGGUUGAGUCUCAGAAUCUUUACCAUCUUCUACAGGGUAGGCCACCUAUGAUGGCACCUCGACCUAUGAUGGAUCACAUUGUUAAUAGGAACCAGCAAGCCCCAUUCGACAUGCCACAGCCAAUGCGCCAUGAUCCUCACCGUUCUUUCCCAUCUAACAUGAAUUCUAUGCAACAUAAUCUUCAUGGUCCAGGGGUCCCUCACUUGGACCCAGCUGCACAUCAUCUUAUGCUACAGCAGAUGUCCAUGCCUGGAAAUUUUCCUCCAGAAGGCUUGCCAAGAGGUGUUCUGCCAUCUCAGCCUGUGCAUCACAUGGCUGGUAAUAGACCUGAGAUGGGCAAUGUAAAUAAUUUCCACAUGCACCCUCGCCAGCCCAACUAUGGAGAAUUAGGAUUGAUGAUGCCAGGCCCAUCAGGCCCAGAGGUGAGAGGCAAUCAUCCAGAGGCCUUUGAAAGGUUGAUCCAGAUGGAGUUGUCAGCCAGAUCAAAGCAACAGCAGGUGCACCACCAAGCAAUGGCUGCCGGCCCUGUACCUGGUGGGAUGUACGGGCAUGAGCUUGACAUGAAGUUAAGAUACAGAUGAUGGAUGCCUGGAUGCUUUGCACAAUCCAAGGAUCCAGAAGUGUGGUUUGUUGUAUGUGUGGUCACUCUUUACCCAAACCGCUACGUACUGUGUCGUCCAUUAAUUUGGUUUAGUAUCUGCAAUCGACGGCCAUGGCUGAUUGGGUGCCUGUCUCACUUCCCUGGUAGUGUUAUAGCAUGUAUGUACUUGUGGAGGGUGAAGGAAUGGAACGGGUUUAUGAUCUGGAGCGGUAAGUCUACUGGGAACACGGAUAUGAUGAUGUGCUGACUGGCAGGCACGCCACACGCUGUCAUUGUCUUAGCAGCCACCUGUGUAAUGUGUUUGUGUCCUGUGUCUGACGACUACCCAUUUCGAUUUUGUAUAAACGCUAUUUCUGCAAAAAGGAAAAAAAAGAGAACCGGAUUAACAUA